AUGCAGUUAAAGAGCGCUUGGCAUGCCAAGCCCUCUCGUUCUGUCCCUCUCCCUCUCUCGAAACUGAACCUCCGAUUUCCACGGCCGCGCCGACGCUCUCCGCCAUGGAUCGAGCUCCCCGAUGAAUUGACAGCGAAUAUCCUGCAAAGGCUGAGCGCCGAAGAGAUACUGGAGACUGCGCAGGAAGUGUGUACUACAUGGUGGAGAAUCUCCAAGACUCUCCCCACGUGGCGCGUGCUUGAGUUGGAUAUUGAUCGUUACGGCGGCAACGAUUUUGAAAUGUUUUACACCUGCGCAAUUAAUCGCAGCCAGGGAGAAUUGACCGACCUGAACAGGACAUAUUGUACCAAAUAUGAGGAUAUGCUAGACUACGUAGUCGAGCGAUCGAGCAAGCUUCUACGCCUUAAAAUUGCGGAGUUUCCGGGGAAAUGA